ACGUGACCGGCGCGGAAGCGGCACCCGGAAGUGGCGGCGGCGGCGGAGGAGGAGGAGGAGGAGGAGGAGGAGGGGAGGAAGGCUCCGCUCCCGCCACCCCCACCUGGGCCGGUGAGGGCCCUAACAAGGGCUGGGGGCCGCGGGGGGUCCCGUUUAGGGGUUUUGGGGCUGCCCUAAACUGAGGUUUUUCUAACCAUCAUGGGAGAGAUUAAAGUCUCUCCUGACUAUAACUGGUUCAGAAGCACGGUUCCUCUCAAAAAGAUAAUAGUAGACGACGAUGACAGUAAAGUCUGGUCGCUGUACGAUGCGGGACCCAGGAGCAUUCGGUGCCCUCUCAUCUUUCUUCCUCCCGUGAGCGGAACUGCAGACGUGUUUUUCCAGCAGAUUUUGGCACUGACUGGGUGGGGUUACAGAGUUAUCGCUUUGCAGUAUCCAGUGUACUGGGAUCACCUUGAGUUCUGUGAUGGAUUCAGAAAACUGUUAGACCACCUUCAGCUGGAUAAAGUUCACCUUUUUGGAGCUUCUUUGGGAGGCUUUUUGGCUCAAAAAUUUGCAGAGUACACACACAAAUCCCCCAGAGUUCACUCUCUGAUCCUGUGUAAUUCCUUUAGUGACACUUCCAUCUUCAACCAGACGUGGACAGCAAACAGCUUUUGGCUGAUGCCUGCUUUUAUGCUGAAAAAAAUUGUCCUUGGGAAUUUUGCCUCUGGUCCCGUAGAUCCUGAAAUGGCUGAUGGGAUUGAUUUCAUGGUGGACAGGCUGGAGAGCCUGGGCCAGAGUGAGCUUGCUUCAAGACUUACCCUCAACUGCCAGAACUCCUACGUAGAACCUCAUAAAAUUCGAGAUGUCCCUGUAACUAUUAUGGAUGUGUUUGACCAGAGCGCACUUUCGACUGAAGCAAAAGAGGAAAUGUAUAAGCUUUAUCCUAAUGCCAGAAGAGCUCAUCUCAAAACAGGAGGCAAUUUCCCAUAUCUCUGCAGGAGUGCUGAGGUCAACCUAUAUAUUCAAAUCCACUUACUGCAGUUCCGUGGUACCCGGUAUGCAGCCAUCGAUCCCUCAAUGGUCAGCGCAGAAGAACUGGAAGUCCAGAAGAUCAGUCUUCAUAACAGCAGCGAGCAAGAAGAAGAGUAGGUUUCUGACUGCCAGUGAAAAUGAGGAAUCAGGUUUGGUGGUCUUCCUGUGUACAAUCAUCUGUUCCCACUCUGCCUUUUUUCUUGUGUUAGCCGAUUAUCACUGUGUGAUUCCAACAGGAUCAAUAGUCAGUGAGUUACCCGCAGACAACAAACCUUCAACAAUGUAAUGGAACAUCUGUUUAAUUUUAAGUCUUUGAAUUCAAGAAAGUAUCUCUGAAGGCUGCAGUUUUAAAAACAAAGACAUUUUUGCUACCAAAGUCUUCACUAUCAUGUUCUUGAACAGAACAGUAUUUCUUUUUAUAUUUUCACUCAAUUGUAUAUAUUGCCACAUGCAGGUUGUGUACUUAUAAGCUGACAUAUAUUUUUGUUGAGUAUUUGGUUUAAAAGAUGUUAAAGUGCCAAUGUUGCCAUCACUUAUUUGCUUUAUAUGUUGUGUUGCAAGUUAGUUUAUUUCUAUUUGAAAUAAAUUUUUAACUUUCUUGCUAGCUGUUUAAAAAUGGUUUUCAAUAAAACUUCAAGUUCA